AUGCCACCCAAGCGCAAGCAUACAGAAGUUGACUCUGCUCCAACCGCAUCAGCCGUCCCGCCGUCGCUGCCUCCAUCCGUCGAGGAGGCCUACCGUCGCAAAUGCAUCCAGCUCAAGAAUCGCACCAACGAGGUCGAAGAGGCCAACGACGCCGCCAGACUUCGUCUCGCCCGAAUUAAGCGCCAGGUCGAGAAGUUGAGGAUCGAAAGAGCCUUCCUCCUUGAACAACUUGCCAAGCGCACGAGCACCAAUGUCGAGGACUCUGAGGGAAGCCCAAGUCCUCCACCAACGGAGCACUUCUCUGCCGGCAUCCAUGAAGCCGACGCUAACAUCCGCAAGCCCAAGGACAAGCCCUUGCGGAUCAAGCGCGGCCACCGCAAGACCGACGCGGACAGCAAAGACACCCCCUCGGCCUCCUUCACCCAGCGGGCUGGAUCUGGAUCACCUGCUCCCUCGGAACAAGGUGACCCCGGUAAGAAAGGUGCCACGAAUGGCGCAAAGAAGUCCGCCAAGCCGCGCGAUGCGUUCGAGCUGUUCUGCUCCGAGGAGCGGGCGGUAGUAGAGGAGCAGAGCAAGGCCAAGGAGGACAAGGAGGAUAAGGAGGACAAAGAAGACAAGGAGGACAAAGAAGACAAAGAAGACAAGGAAGAUAGGGAGGAUAAGGAAGAUAAGGAAGAUAAGGAGGAUGUCAAUGUUGACGAGGAGCUGGAGCGCCGAUGGAAGGAGCUGUCCGAUGAGAAGAAGGACGAGUACAAGACCCAGUUCGAAGAGCUGGUGAAGCGGAGAGAGAAGGAGGACAAGGACUCCAAAGAGGAUGAGGAGAAGGAGAAGGAUGACGCCGCUCCUGAACUGAAGAAGGAGGAUGAGCCAACGUCCUCCAAGCCAGCUGCCCAGGAUGAGGAUGUGGAGAUGGGUAAUAGCGAAAACGCUGAGCAAGCGGAAGAGAAGAAGGGCAAGGAAGACAAGGAAGACAAGGAGGCCAAGGACAGCAAGGAAAGCAAGGAUUGA